UUGUCUAAAUUCACAUUUAAAAUAUUAUGGCUUGAAAACAAUGUAGCUAUAGCUAUUGAUCAUGUUGUAAACACAAGCUUCAGCCCAUUGACAUCUUAUUUUUUUUGGCCUAGAAAUGAUGCAUGGGAACAGUUAAAAGUAGAAUUAGAAUCAAAACCAUGGAUUUCAAAACAUGAUAAAAUUGAUCUAUUAAAUCAAGCAACUGAAAUCAUAAAUUUUUGGCAAGAAACAGGAAAAGAUAAAUCUUUAAUACAUGCCCAAGAAAAAUUUCCAAAUUGUACAUUUGCAGGCAGUAAUUAUUGA